AUGAGUCCCAUCGACUUGAAUUGUGGUCUAGAAAAAGUGAUGCAAGACUUGGAUUUGAUCAAAAGAGACCUUGUGGAGAUUAUGAAGCAAAAAAGAACACAGGUGGAAAGAAAUUAUUCGACGCCAGCUGGCCGGCCGAGAUCUCCUCCUCAAACUCAAGCUGCCAUGGUGGGUCACGAUGAUGUCUUGCUUAAAGCCUUGGAUAAGCUGACCGGACAACAAUCGAGUCGCCAGAUCAUCCCCAUUGUCGGCAUGGGUGGCAUUGGUAAGACCACUCUAGCUAACAAUAUAUAUGUGAAUCCGCUUAUUGUGCAACACUUUGAUUUUCGCGGCUGGGCUACGAUUUCUCAAGAAUAUGAUUCGAAAGAGAUACUUGUAGAAAUCCUUGUCUGCCUAAAGUACACCAGGGAAAGCUUGAGACAAAUGGGGGAGCAUGAAUUAGGAGAAAAAUUAUACAAAAGUCUAUCAGGUCGAAGGUAUUUGAUUGUGAUGGAUGACAUGUGGAGCAUCGAGGCGUGGGAUAGGAUUAAGUUCUUCUUUCCUGAUUACAAUGAUGGAAGUAGAAUAGUAAUAACCACUAGGCUGUCAAACCUGGCUCGUGAGUUGACCGGUUCUUGUGGCCUUGAGGUUGGUUUUCUGGAUGAGUAUAACAGUUGGAACUUACUCCGGAAAAGUGUGUUUGGAGAACAUGAUUGCCCUCCGGAUUUGGAAGAAAUUGGAUUGCAGAUUUCGAGAAACUGCAACGGCCUUCCAUUGUCAAUCGUCGUGGUCGGUGGACUCCUUGCAAAGUCCAACCAAACACAAGAACACUGGCAGUAUAUUGCUGAAAAUUUGAAUUCAGUGGUGAAUUCAGAUGAGAACGAGCGUUGCUUGAGAAUACUACGUUUGAGCUACAACCAUUUGCCGGUUCAUCUAAAGCCUUGUUUUCUUUACCUGGGAAUAUUCUCCGAGGAUGAUUUGGUCAGUGCCUCAACGCUCGUCAAACUGUGGGUUUCGGAAGGGUUUCUAAAACCAAUUAGUGAUAAAACCAUGGAGGAAGCUGGCACAGAGUACCUGAAGGAUCUUUCCGAAAGAAAUAUCGUUCUAGUUCAGGAAUUCGGGUACAAGGGAAAUAUAAAACGUUUCAGAAUUCAUGAUCUCGUGAGGGACUUAUGCAUAAAGGAAGCUGAGAAGGAAAUGUUCUUCUGUGUAGCAACAACACAUGGUCCUAACCAGGGGCAAAUUUGGCACACUCAACGCCGAAUAGCUAUUCAGAGACGAAAAUCAAGUAUCAAACACAUCACCCGGGAAGUCCGUAACAUCGCACGAUCUGCAACACUCGCUCGUUCGUUGAUAUGUAAUGACAAUGUCGACCGAUUACGCCCUUCCCCAUUAUUGAGGGGAGACCUUGCGGAGAUUAUGAAGCAGAAAAGAGCACAGGUGGAAAGAAAUUAUUCGACGCCAGCUGGCUGGCUGAGAUCUCCUCCCCAAACGCAAGCUGCCGUGGUGGGUCACGAUAAUGUCUUGCUUGAAGCCUUGGAUAAGCUGACCGGACAACAAUCGAAUCGCCAGAUCAUCCCCAUUGUUGGCAUGGGUGGAAUUGGUAAGACCACUCUUGCUAAGAAUAUAUAUGUGAAUCCGCUUAUUGUGCAACACUUUGACUUUCGUGGUUGGGCUACGAUUUCUCAAGAAUAUGAUUUGAUAGAGAUUCUUGUAGAAAUCCUUGUCUGCCUCAAAACUGUAGGGAGCAGAGAAAGCUUGAGACAAACGGGGGAGUAUGAAUUAGGAGAAAAAUUAUACAAAAGUCUAUCAGGUCGAAGGUACUUGAUUGUGAUGGAUGACAUAUGGUGCAUCGAGGCAUGGGAUAGGAUCAAGUUCUUCUUUCCAGAUUACAGUAACGGAAGUAGAAUAAUGAUAACCACAAGGCUAUCAAACUUGGCUUACGAGAUGGGCUGCACUUGUAGCUUUAAGGUGGAUUUUCUAGAUGAGGGUAACAGUUGGACCUUGUUUCGAAAAAGUGUGUUUGGAGAACACGAUUGCCCUCUAGAAUUGGAAGAACUUGGAAAGAAGAUUUCUAGAGACUGCAAAGGGCUUCCUUUGUCAAUCGUCGUGGUCGGUGGACACCUGGCAAACUCCACCCAAACAAGAGAACACUGGCAAUACAUUGAAAAAAAUUUAAAUUCAGUGCCGUGUUUUCUUUACCUGGGAAUAUUUUCUGAGGAUGACUUGAUCAGUGCCUCGACACUCGUCAAACUGUGGGUUGCAGAAGGGUUUCUGAAACCAAUUAGUGAUAAAACCAUGGAGGCAGCUGGUGAAGAAUAUAUAAAGGAUCUCGUCCGAAGAAAUCUAGUUUUAGUUCAGGAGCUGAGAUAUGAUGGAAAUAUAAAACGUUGUCGUAUCCAUGAUCUCGUGAGGGACCUGUGCAUGAAGGAAGCUGAGAAAGACAGGUUUUUCCUUUUGGCGGCAACCAAUAGUCCAAACACAGGGCAAAACUGGCACACUCAACGAAGAAUAGGUAUUCUGAGACGAGAAUCGAGUAGCGAACGCUCCACCCGAGAAGUCCAUAACAUGGCGCGAUCUGCAACACUCGCUCGUUCUCUGAUAUGUAAUGUCGGGGGAGGUAUAAUUGAAUUAAUAUCUUAG